GAAAGGUUAAUAGAAUUGUGAUAUUAAGGGCAUAGAGAGAAGGAAGAGGAGAGCGAGGUUUGAAUGGCGUCGGAGAAGAGAAAGAGAAAUACGAACAGUGAUGUGAGGAAGAAGAGAAAGAGGAAGGAGGAGGCGGAGACGGGGAAAGCCGAAGAGAAGUCAGAGGAACGAUCGUUGGAGGCUCUGCGUCUCCUUCAGUCGGCGACGGGUCUUCAGCUUUCAUCGCUGGAGUUGGAGUCCCUCAGACAAGACUGCGUUCUGGAGGUACCCAAUCACUCAGAUAUUCAAAUAUUGGGGAAAACUGUUAAGGCAGUGUUUGGGUCCUCAUGGAGGGAGCAUCUCUGCGAAGGGAGUGUCGUAGAGGGAAAAGUUAAUGCCGGAAGCCCCGCGGUUCUCAUCAUAUCUUCAUCUGCCCUAAGAUGCAUACACCUUCUCAGGGGCUUUCGCUCUUUCACUAAACAAUGCCACGCUGCAAAGCUAUUCGCUAAGCACUUGAAGCUUCAGGAACAGAUUUCUUUGCUAAAGAACCGUGUUAACAUUGCUAGCGGCACUCCAAGCAGGAUAAAAAAGCUAAUUGAUGCUGAGGCGUUAGACCUUUCAAGGUUGCAAGUACUCGUGCUAGAUUUGCAGCCUGAUGUAAAGGGGUAUUCGUUGUUGACCCUUCCACAAGUCAGGGAUGAAUUCCUGGAGGUGUUCAAGAACUAUUUUUAUGAAGCGAUGAUCCAGGGUGGUCUGCGUAUUUGUCUCUAUGGUUACCAGGCGGGUGUUGGUUUAAAGGACAAACAUAAACAAGGGCAUACAAUUCCUGAUACAUAACAUCUCAUGUUUAUUAUUUUUUUACAAUUCCAUUUAUCUUCAAAUGACGGACGUAUUUCACCAUGGGAGAGUGACAAUUUUGUUGUAAGUGGGGUAGAUACAUAUGAAAAACACAUUUCUAAGUAACUAGGAAGGUGCUUUAUUUGUGUAGAUUAUAGUGAUUAAUCGAAUACCCCUUUUUCUUUGGUAUAAUGGCAUUAUGGGUCCUAGUGUUAGUGUAAUUUUAA